CAACUCAGCGCGUGUUGCACCAUGGCCUGAUCGGACCUGGAGCGGAACGUCCGUUCUGUAAUGCGCGGCACUGUGUCGGCCGAUCUGUCCGAGCACCUUUCCCCGAAAGGGAAGAAUGGGAAGAGGGCUAUAGCGGAAACCGUCCUCUUCGACGUUAUCUGCGUUUGGGUGGCUUUUCUGGCAGAGACACUGAGACGCUGCGGUGGCGCCAACCGAGACGCCGUCGGGAGGUGCGUGGGCCUCUGGCUCUCCGGCAGCCGGGAUCGGAACGGCAAGCGUCUCCGAAGGCUCUCAAAAACCAAGGAGGCAGCUGGCCCGUCAGUGGCAGGCCAGGCCCCGACCGACCGACCUCCACUGCAGCCGGUGGAGAACCUCGAGACGCUGGAGGUCCGGCAGCCUGACUUCGAAACCCGCCAGGCUGAAGCCGAAGAGGCUGAAGCCGAAGAGGCUGAAGCCGAAGAGGCUGAACUCCCCAUGGAGCAAUGGUAGCUGGAGGAUACCAGCGCGGCGGUGUAUAGGUAUA